CUAUUAUGUUGGAACUAUGCAGGUCCACCUUAAGCGGACAAAGGGAGAGUGCCGUGACUUAGACAUGGGAGGGGUUUGCAGCUGAAUGCUAGCUCAGGAGCAAGGGGGAUUCUGGAUUUGCUGUGGAUACUGAGUCUGGCAGGACAUUGGUAUGCUCGAGUCUAUCGUGCAUAUAGAAUGAGGUAUUAGACCCCCCUCCUUACUGGUAGGUAGACGCUGGCUGCUCUCAGGAUUUGAUACACUCUGUCGCCAGUAAUCAGAGAAGACAAAUACCCCCCUCUGUGGCCACAAGAGGAAAGUGCCUGUGUGCCAAGCUUGUUACCCGUCUAGUUGUAGGUGCCCCUCAUAAUUAUGGAGCGCUGCUUCGGAGUGGAAUUGGAGCUGGAAAAGGUGCUGCAGCGGUUCCUGAACUAUGGGGAGAGCAGCCGGAGAAGCCUGGAGCAGCUUCUGAGGUCUGUCACUGAACUGAAGGAGGAGCUAAGCAGCCCAGGUACUCAACAGCCCCCACAUGCCAUGCAAGGAGUACCCCUGUCCCCUGCUCUUUCACUAAUGAUGUCCCAGCGCUGCCGUAAAAUCAGAGAAACAGUCCAGAAGUUGGCGUCGGACCACAAAGAUAUGCACAGUAGUGUUUCCAGAGUAGGGAAAGCCAUUGACAGAAAUUUUGAGGCUGAAGCAUGUGCGGUUGUGUCAGAUGGAAUUUGGGACUCCAGAGAGAAGCAACAGCUACUUCACAGUGCAAUUUUGGAACAUCUAUAUCAGCAGGGGCUUUUGACGGUGGCUGAGGAGCUUAGUCAGGAAUCUGCUUUGUGUAUUGACCCAAAUUUUAAGCAGCCAUUUUUGGAGAUGAAUCAAAUACUUGACGCUUUGGAAGCACAAGAUCUCAGACCGGCCUUAGAAUGGGCUAUUUCACACAGGCAGCGCCUUAGAGAGUUAAACAGCUCUCUAGAGUUUAGAUUGCAUCGGCUACACUUCAUUAGCCUUCUGAGUGGGGGACCACAUAAGCAAGUUGAAGCACUAACGUAUGCUCGGCAUUUCCAACCCUUUGCCAGUUUGCACAAGAAAGAUAUCCAGGAAAUGAUGGGUAGCCUUGUCUACAUUCGGAAUGGGAUUGAGAACUCCCCUUACUCUUAUCUGCUGGAUGAAGAUCAGUGGUCAAGCAUUAGUGAGCAGUUCACACGGGACGCAUGCUGCUUGCUUGGUCUGUCAGUGGAGUCCCCUCUCAGCGUUUGCUUUGCUUUGGGUUGCAUUUCACUCCCGGUACUGAAGAACAUUAAAGCAGUUAUUGAGCAAACACAAUGCACAAGUGUCUGGAGCCACAAGGAUGAAUUGCCAAUCGAGAUAGACUUGGGCAAGAAGUGUGGGUUUCAUUCUGUGUUUGCUUGUCCUAUCCUGCGCCAGCAAACGUCUGACUCCAAUCCUCCGAUAAGGCUGGUCUGUGGGCAUGUUAUUUCCCGGGAUGCUCUGAACAAGCUAAUCAUUGGGGGAAAGCUAAAGUGUCCGUACUGCCCUAUGGAGCAGAAUCCAGCUGAUGGCAAACGCAUCAUCUUCUAACAUCCAAACAAAAUCAGACUGUCUCAAACGCAGCAAUGUCACUUUUGUACUAGAAAAUACUCAAGCAAUUUACCAUAAUUACUAUGGUUAUUAUUUUUGUUUUUUUGCUCUACAAUCAAUAGUUGAUAUAAAUAAUGUUUUUAAGAGGAAGGAUCUGGAUCAUAGUUCUGCCCAUGUUUAAAUAACUUUGGCCAACAAAUGAAUGGAGAUAGUCCAUGGACACAAACUACCAAUCAUUUUAAAGUGUGACGACUUCAGGACUGGACAGAAUUAUAGCUGAGAAGUCUGAGCACUACCCUGGAUAGUUUUUUUUAUAUUAAAAGUACAUAGUCAAAUCACUUUUUUUUUAUAGUGUAUACAAAUAAAGUAUGUUUUAAUUUAAAGGAAAA